AUGGUCAAAGCACAUGAUCUCUACAACGAUUUCGCGGCGGCCUCACGACCGUUUCGGGCCGAUGCUGAUAUCGCUGAUGUCGAGGUUGAAGGCCAGAUUCCCAAGGAACUCGAUGGCACGUUCUACCGGGUGAUGCAAGAUCCAUACUAUGAUCGCGAUUACUACCUCGAUGGGGCCAAGACAAUCCCCUUUGAUGGCGACGGGAGCAUCAGCGCGUUCCGCAUCAAGGACGGGAAAGCAUCUUUCCAGCAACGCUAUGUCAUGACCAAGCGUCUGGUGGCGGAGAGAAAGGCCGGACGGUCCCUGUUCGGCAUGUAUAGGAGUCCCUUCUCCCAUCAUCCCUGUGUCCGGGCGGUGGCGGACACGACCGCCAACACCAAUGUGAUUCUCCAUGCGAAGAAAUUGCUGGCCCUGUGUGAACACGGGCCCGGAUACGUGCUCGAUCCCAAUAGCCUGCGCACUAUCGGCAUUGAUAUGUUCCCUGGAGAAAUCGAUCCAAAUCUUCCAUUCACGGCACACCCACAUGUUGACCCGGUCACUGGGGAACUAUGUGCCUUUGCAUACGGCCUGAAGGGAAUUGGAACGCCUCAAAUCUCGGUGUACCUGAUCGACAAAGACGGCAAGAAGACCUUCCAGCGCGAUUUUGAGUUUGAUAGAGACGAGAUCAACGACUCGGGCAUGAUUCACGACUGCGCCAUCACGGAGAACUAUAUCAUCCUCUACAGAAUGCCGUUCAUUGUCGACACCAAGAAUGUCGAAGAGCCCGGAAAGCAUCAGUGGUAUUACGAUGAAGAGGCUCCCGCGUGGUUUGGUCUUGUCCCGCGCCGCGACGCCACGAAACCCGUCCGGUGGUUUCAGUAUAAAAACUGCAUGGCCAUCCACAGUGGUGGAUCUUUUGAGGAGAAUGGAAAGGUAUAUUUCGAUUCUUCCACGGCCUCACACAACGCCUUUGCCUUCUUGCCAUGCCGACACGGCCCGAACCCGCCACCGAGCGACAUCACCGUCAACUAUAUUCGAUGGUGCAUCGAUCCAAACGCUGUGUCUGACAAGAUGGAAGACCCGGAGGUCCUGCUGAGUGUGCCUUGCGAAUUUCCCCGGGUGGAUGAGAGGUUCCUGACGAAGAAACCUCGGUACACGUUCUUGGACUGCUUCAAGCCUGAGGCGGGCAACGCGGCCCAGCUGUACCAGGGUCUCAACGCCCUGGCUCGUAUCGACUCGCAGAAACAGGAAAUCGAGUACUUCGUGCCGGGUCCGGACUGUCUCGUCCAGGAGCCGGCUUUUAGCCCGAGAAGCCCUGAUGCGCCGGAGGGAGAUGGCUUCUUGAUCACCAUGGUCGACAACAUGGCUCGCCACCGGAACGAAGUGAUCAUCCAAGAUACUCGCGACUUCCAGAAAGUCGUGGCCAAGAUUGUCCUGCCUUUCCGACUAAGGUCUGCCGUCCACGGCAACUGGGUCGACGCUGAGCGUAUUCCUGCGACCGAGCCAAGUGUGAUUCAACCUUUUGCAGACAUUUACCCAGAUGUUCCGACGGUGCGGUUUUGA